GUUUUCGAGUUUAAAAUGCUCUACGAACUUUUUGUGCUAGUUGCAACUUUAGCUUCAACUUUUAUGGCUGCGGAUACCACUGCGCAUAUCUUAGAUGUCAAUCCAGAGCGUAUUUCCAAAAUAUUAUUGUAUAUUUGGAUCGGUACUCUAGUCUUAACGUUGCUAGAUGGUGACUGGAUGAGUACCUUGGGAUGUGUUCAUACGUUUUUUUACCUUGCCUGUGCACUUUUAGCAUAUAUGUCUCCAGGUGAGGAUAAUCUUAAAAGGGAUUACAUUCGGAUUCCAUUGACUAUAUUUGUCCCUACGUUUCUCAGCUUUUACAUUAUGCAUUAUUCUACACAAUUUGAAGAAUGAUCUAAAUGGGAUCAUAUAUAGUCGUAUUUUAUCCGCACGCUAUGACCUCAAUAUAAUAAUUGUGAAUUAUUAUUAUUGCAAUCUGGUCUUCAUGAAUUGUAGAGUUAUUCUAUUAUAAUAAUAAUAUUUUUUUCGCUUUCAAUAUAUAGAAAGA